AUGUCAUGGUUGACUAAUAAUAUCGGUGGACAUACGAAAAGAGCUGUGACAACAGGUUUUGUUAUUGGUUUUGGAAAUAUUAGUGGCAUCGUGGUCGGUCAUAUUUAUCGUGCCGAAGAUGCACCGUUCUUCAUUAAUGGUCAUUUGAUUAGUCUCAGUUUUAUGUGUUCCAUAUUAAUUGUUUCCUUAAUAUUAAAAUUUAGUUUAUUACGAGGAAAUCGACGACGAGAAAAUUUACCAUCAGAAGAACAUAAACAAGAAAUAGAGCGAUGUGCACAAGAACCCUGUGAUUCACAUCUUGAUUUUAAAUACACCACAUGA